AAAUAUUUUAAAAGAUGAUAACAGCCGGUGAUUUUUACAAGGUGAUGUGUGCAGUGGUUCCACUGUAUUUCGCAAUGUUGGUUGCGUACGGGUCAGUGAAAUGGUGGAGAAUAUUCAGCCCGGAGCAAUGUUCCGGGAUCAACAGGUUCGUGGCUGUUUUUGCCGUGCCGGUGUUGUCUUUCCAUUUCAUAGCUCAAAACAACCCGUACCAAAUGGACACCAAGUUCAUCUUGGCUGAUACCCUGUCCAAGCUUCUGGUCCUUGUCUUGCUCUCGGUUUGGGCUAUCUUCUUCCCCGGUGGAUCACUCGAUUGGCUCAUCACCCUUUUCUCUGUUGCUACUUUGCCCAACACUCUUGUCAUGGGCAUCCCUUUGCUUAAUGCUAUGUAUGGAGAUUUCACUCAAAGUCUCAUGGUGCAACUCGUUGUUCUUCAAUGCAUCAUCUGGUACACGCUAAUGCUCUUCCUCUUCGAAUACAGAGCAGCAACUCUCUUAAUCAAAACCCAAUUCCCAGGACCCACGGCCGCUACCAUUUCCAAAUUCGAGCUUGAUAACGACGUAAUCUCAUUGGACGGCCGUGAUCCUCUCCGUACAGAAUCCGAAACCGACGUCAACGGUCGUAUCCGCGUCCGCAUCAGGCGUUCCACUUCAUCGGCCCCGGACUCAGCUCUAUCAUCCUCCAUCUGCCUCACACCUAGGGCAUCCAACCUGUCCAACGCUGAAAUCUUUUCCGUUAAUACCCCGGGAGGACCAAAUAAUAACGAGAUUGUUUUCUGUAAUGGCGACUUGGGGUUCGGUUACCGUGCCGUUAGUCCCCGUUUGUCGGGAUACGCUUCGUCGGAUGCUUACUCUUUGCAGCCGACGCCAAGGGCUUCGAAUUUUAACGAAAUGGAUGUGAUUACGACGACGGCGGCGGCGACUGGGAAUACACCAAUAUGGAUGAGGUCUCCCGUGGCGGGCACAAAAGUUCUCCGGCAGCCAUCUCCAGUGGUUCCUGCUAGGAAAAUGGUUUGGGAGUGUCAAGAUGGAGGUGGUGGUGAUAAUAGACAGGGAUUCAAAGACCUUGGUGAGAAGGAAAUUAGCUUUAGGGACAGCUCCAAAAUAACAGUAGCAGAGGUGGCAGAUGGAAAGGAAUCUGCAGUGAGCAAACAAGAAAUGCCAAAUGCAAUAGUCAUGCUAAGACUCAUACUAAUUGUGGUCGGAAGGAAGCUCUCUCGCAAUCCAAAUACUUACUCAAGUAUAUUAGGCCUUCUUUGGUCUCUCAUCUCCUUCAAGUGGAAUGUUGGGAUGCCAAGUUUGGUGAAAUACUCAAUAAAAAUAAUUUCUGAUGCAGGCCUUGGGAUGGCAAUGUUCAGUUUAGGGUUAUUCAUGGCACUUCAGCCAAGAAUUAUUGCCUGUGGCGCAAAAAGAGCAACAAUGGGGAUGGUGAUCCGUUUCCUAUGUGGCCCUGUAAUAAUGUCCAUGGCGUCAAUUGUCAUGGGAUUAAGAGGAGCAAAACUACAUGCUGCCAUAGUACAGGCAGCACUUCCCCAAGGGAUAGUACCAUUUGUUUUUGCCAGGGAAUACGGUUUGCAUCCUGACUUAUUGAGCACAGGGUAAGUUAAAAUCAAAAGUACUCAACAUCUGUUCAGUUUUUGUUGGUAUUCUUUGAUGUCUCAUUUUCUUAAGACCUUUCGAUUAGCUGUAUUUCUGUUUUUUUCAUAGGAUGUUGACAUUACAUGAAUAACACAUUGAUGCACUUAUAUUCUUGCAGGGUCAUCUUUGG